UUUACUUCGUACUAACAAACGUUGUUUCCUGGUCAUAUUCUCUCCUCGGGUCGUGGAUUGAAUUGCAUUGUUUUGCCUCAUUUCACUAUUCCGUUACGUCUUUGAUACCCUUUCAUCGCCCAUCCAAGUCAUCAUCAUGGCGUCCUUCAUGUAUGAAAACAAAAAUGUUGGCAACAAGGCCGAGUCCGAGGAUUGGAGAAUUCGCGGCUACAACCCUCUGACUUCUCCCGAUCUGCUCCAACACGAGAUCUCUCAGUCCGCCGAGUCCAAGCAAACCGUACUCCGCGGCCGUGACGAGGCCGUCGCAAUUGUCAAUGGCACCGACGAGAAGCACCGCCUGCUCGUCAUCAUUGGCCCCUGCUCCAUCCACGACCCCGAGGCCGCCCUCGCCUACUGCGACCUCCUCCUCAAGGAGAAGGAGAAGCACAAGGACGAGCUCCUCAUUGUCAUGCGCUCGUACCUCGAGAAGCCCCGUACCACUGUUGGCUGGAAGGGCCUCAUCAACGACCCUGACAUCGAUGGCAGCUUCAAGAUCAACAAGGGUCUGCGCCUGUCGCGCCAGGUCUUCGUUGACCUGACCUCCAAGGGCAUGCCCAUUGCCAGUGAGAUGCUCGAUACCAUCUCGCCUCAGUUCCUGGCCGAUUUGCUCUCCGUCGGUGCCAUUGGCGCCCGAACCACCGAGAGCCAGCUGCACCGCGAGCUUGCCAGUGGUCUCAGUUAUCCCGUCGGUUUCAAGAACGGCACCGACGGCUCCCUCGGCGUUGCCAUUGAUGCCAUUGGCGCUGCCCAACACCCUCACCACUUCCUCUCCGUCACCAAGCCCGGUGUCGUCGCUAUUGUGGGCACUGAGGGCAACGACGACUGCUUCGUCAUUCUGCGAGGCGGCACCAAGGGUACCAACUACGACGCCGCUAGCAUCGCCGAGGCCAAGGCGGCUCUCCAAAAGAAGGGCGUCCGACACCGUCUGAUGGUCGACUGCAGCCACGGAAACUCGCUCAAGAACCACAAGAACCAGCCCAAGGUUGCCGCUGACCUGGCUGGCCAAAUUGCUGGGGGUGAGACGGCCAUCAUGGGUGUCAUGAUUGAGAGCAACAUCAACGAGGGCAACCAGAAGGUCCCCGAGGAGGGCAAGUCUGGCCUGAAGUACGGCGUGAGCAUUACCGAUGCCUGCAUCCACUGGGAUGACACCGUCUCGGUGUUGGACACCCUUGCCCAGGCUGUCAAGGCCCGACGCAAUGUCUUGGGCGUGACUAUUUAAGUUGAAGAAUUUAUUGAGUGCAGUGCGCCGGUUCCUGUUGGGUCGGGAAAUGGCUGCUGUGGCAUUGGAUGUUUAACCGUCUAAGCCGCGUGGGGACUGCACUUGUCGUAAUUGGCGACGCAUUUAUGGUUGAAGGUUGGAGUUGUCUGGUUGUCGAUUUACGGGAUAGAAAAAAGCAUCAAACAUGCUACUGAGCCGAUGCGGCCGGCUCAUGUCAGGGAAUAGUAAAAGCAAUACGGUUGUUAGUGUGCAGUUUACCCUCUCGCGCCAUUGCGACGAUGAGCGGCAUCGCAUACUGUUUCAUGUACGAUAGCGCACUGUAUGAAAACACACCCAAGACGUAUGGGCGAUCUGCAAAAACAGCCACCGGACCCACAC